UUUUACAUUUGACGUAUUUUAUGCAUAAUUGUCGUGUAUUUAUUGUUCUGGUUGAUUAUGAGCCAAUAAUAUUUAGAUUUAGUGUGAUUAAUUUGUAUAAUAGUAAGUCGUUGUUGUUGUUGUGUUGUAAUACCCAUUAGUAAAAUGGAUAACUCAAAAGAAUCCUCGUCGAAGGAGAUGUCGUUUGCAGAAAAGCAAGCUGAGCGCAUGAAACGACUGCGUUCGUUGAAUACAGCCAGAAACGAAGCCAGGACUCAUAACCACAAGGAAGUAGUUGCAGAAGAAGCAAGGAAUAAGCUCCCAGCGAACUAUGAGGCGAAGAAACGCCAAGCAGAAUGGCUAGUGGAAGAUCAGCACAAACGGGAAGAAGCUAGCAAGGAAGGUAAAGAUUAUGAUCGUGUGAAACUUCUAAACAUAUCUGCCAUCGAAGCGGAGAGAUUAGAGCGUAAGAGAAAGAAGAAAAACCCUGAUCAAGGCUUCUCAACUUACGAACAAGCAACGGUAAGGCAGUACAAUAGACUCAUUAAAAACAUGCCAUCUAUGGAAAGCGAGCGAUAUGAAAAACAGAAGCAGAAAUAUGGAGACGCGUUUUAUGGUGGUCCAAACGUUAUAAUACAUGGGAUGCAUGAAGACCGCAAAGAUGCUGUUGAUAAAAUGGUGAAUGAUUUGGAAGGACAAAUUGCUAAGCGAGGGAAAUACUCCCGCAGGAGGAUACACAAUGACGAUGCAGACAUUGAUUACAUCAAUGAGAGGAAUGCUAAGUUCAAUAAGAAGUUGGAAAGGUUCUAUGGUGAGCACACCGCUGAAAUUAAACAGAAUCUUGAGAGAGGUACUGCAAUAUAGACUUUUGUUGGUAAUUUAAUCAUUAUCUGGUGCCCUUGGUUCUUACCUGCAUGGCCUAUGAGUUAUAGUUGUUAUAUAAUUGUGUAGGAUAAAAUUCAAAACAAUGUAGCAUAAAAUUUAUGCUUAAUAUAAAUGAGUAAUAUUAAGGAUCAAAAUCAUUUAAAGCGACAGGGGUACAUAAUAUAAACUACCAAAGUUUUACUGUUGGAAUGCAUUGAAAUGAAACAAAGUGGUGGAAUUAAUGCAGGUUUUAUGUGUAACCACUAUUUGGGAGAAAAAAACAUAACAGACAGUAGGUAAGCAGGCUUCA